GGGAUGGACGGGAUGGUGGGAUCGUUCAAUCAGGCAUCGUUCGGCAACAGCCUUGGCAGUCUGCUACAGCAACAGCAAAACCAGCAACAGCAGCAACAUCUACUGCAGCAGCAACAGCAGCAGCAGCACCAUCAUCAGCAGCAACACCACCUGCAGCAACAAAACCACCACCAGCAGCAACAGCAAGCUAACAUGAUGAACAGCGCCUCACUGAUGCAACAUCAGCAACAGCAGCAACAACAGCAACAUCUACAUCAUCAUCAGCAGCAGCAACAGCAACAGCAGCACCAUCAGCUCCAACAGCAGCAACAGCAGCUCCAGCAACAGCAGCAACAGCAGCAGCAACAACAUCAGCACCAACAGCAGACACUCGGUACCGGUGGUGGACAUCACCAUGGCCUAACGGCGGCCCAAAGUGCCGCCAUGAUGUCGCAGCGCAACCCGUUCGGGUUUGAUUUCAAUCACUUCCAAAGCAACUACUAAAUGGACGGCAGCCCAGUUGUUGUUUUCAAACACGCCAUAUUUGUUCGCCGCGUGCUCUGAAGGUCACACUUCCCGGUACGCGGUGCUCUUCCACGCAAGUCCUCACAGAUGUGUCACGGACAGACAGAUCUCACUUACACAAACUCACACACCAAACCGAAAAUGGAACGGUUUUAAUGCUAUAUGCUGCAGUGAGAAGAUCCACGUAGAAGCAGCAGCAAGAACCAAGAGCAAGACGUGGACAGUCCAUUGUGGAACGGAACUGGACCUUAAUUGAUGACGCUGCAUCAAAUUGCUAUCGAAUCGCUUUUUUUAUUUCACCCUGGAGGAAUCGUUUCUAUUUUCUGUAUAAACUCCCAACAAAUGGAACUGAUGAUGGUUGCAGGCGAGGCGUGUUAUGUCCAGAAGGCUUUUCAUGAAAGCUGUGCAAACUGAAACUGUUGCUGAUGGUGUUUGUUGUACGCUUCACGACAAAAGAGAGCAAAUUUGUAUACCAACAAACAAUCACAAGAGGAAAACAGUGGAGAGAAGAAGGAGAAGAAAAAAGUGAAAAGAAAAAAAAUCAAAAUUAGCAAAAAAAGUGUAAAAAAUAAUAGUAAACGUUUUACCCCGUUGACGACCAUAUGCUGAAGGACGAAGAAAUAUUGAAAACAUCCAAUUGCGCCAAAAUUCAGUCCUAACUACUACUACUACUAUUUGUACUACUACAGUGAGCUGUACAUAUAACCGUGCAUCGGGUAAUGUAAAUAGAAAAGAGAACAGAGAAAAAGUGUUACCCAAAAAACGGUAAAAGAAGCAGAACGAAGCGAAACAAACACACAAAGAAAUGUACAUUUAAGUAAGUCCAAAAGCGACAAAGUUGUAGUACAGAUCGUGUUUGUAUUACUCUGUAAUGUAAUUAGUGAACGAAAAUUAAUAUAAACAUCAAAAAAAAACACUAGCAAACAGACAGAGAAAGUAAAAUGGAGAAGUUUCUUUGCUUCUCCCUUCCAUUCAUUAAGCAAAUACACACACGCAAACAAACAAACAAAAAAGAAAAACAUUGUUAGAAGAAAAUUUUAGGUCAAAUUUACAUGUGAAAAUGUCACAUUCGAAUUUCGCAAAAAGAAGAAAAAAACUCAUAACAAAAAUUAAACACUUGAUAAUAAGAAACUAGAAGCAAGACAUGUGUAUGUGAAUGUGUGUGUUUGUGUGUACUAGAGAGAGAGAGAAAAAAAAAGGAAAAGCAAACACGAAACAGCACAGCACUGUAAUGAACACUACGAAUUUUGUCAAAGACAGUGUAAUCGAAAGCGUUAGCAAAAGAAGCAAAGCAGAACAAAUAAUAAUACAAACGGGAAAAAACAAGACAGAAAUCGAGAAGCAAACAGAAUGAGAAAAUAAGUUCGAGCUAAACACAACAAACGUAUAACCCCGAUGUGUAUAGGCCAAAACAAGAUGGGAGAAAGCGGAAAAAGAGCAUGGAAAUCGUGGGUACUUAUCAACAAACAGGUGACUAGUCGUGGUUGGACGCAAAACAGAUAGACCAAAUAGUAAUGGCGUUUGUAAAUAUUCGGUUAAACAAAGGUAGCAAACCAAGGACGGCCGUUCCUUUCCGGAAAACAUCAGCAAAGUGUCUCACUUUUCGUGGAAAACAGCGCUUGGGAGGGGAAAAAAUGGAAGAAAAAAUGGAAAAGUGUACAGCCAGCUCAGACACGGCAGGUUUAUGAAACUAAAGAGCCCUUUCUUUCCUAUGUUAUAUCGUUUACUACUUUUUCCCAUUAUAAAUUAUAGUUCGUUAACUACUUUAAAGGGAUUACGUGUAACACACACACAGACACACCGAAACUAUUAUAACAUUAUAGAGCUCUUAACAAAACUGAUCCCUGAUUUCCUACAUGCACACAGGAAGGAAUUAUACUACAAUGCGCUUCGGUUGACCGGGCUUGCGGUGCUGGUCCCGCGCUCGAACUAGAUUUCCAAUAAGUUUAUCGUCUUUAUCGCUUACCUAAGCUUGUUAUUACAUUUUCAUUAGACUGAAACGUGUUGGGCCAUUGGUGGUAGUGGUUAUUUAUCGCUAGACAGAUAAAAGAGACCGUAAGAGAGAGACCAUGAAAAGGUGAAAGAAAAGGUGUACGAUACAUUCUGCAAAGGAAAGGGUGUAAACUGCUAAUGCAACACACACACAAGAAGAGAAGUGUGCGAGAAAGAUAAAAUCUAAACCUGUUUCUAGUGAAAUUAGCCGUAGUUAAAGUGAAAUUUUAAAAAGCAAAAACCAACUACACGAAAAGAGGGGAUAGCAGAAACGGAGAAUGAAACUACACCAGAAAACCUAAAUCUACUAAAGAAGACCGAGCGAAGCAGUAGUAACAGAGAGCGUUAGGAAUGAAAAAAGAUGAAAAGUUAAAGUCCACAAGUAAUGUUUUGUGUAUGUUUUGUUUUUUUUUAAAGCAAAAGCAGAAAGAAGGAUAAGAAAGGGACAAUAGAUACACAUGCAACUACCACGCGCUCACACACAUACACAAAUACACCAUUCGCCCUAGCUAACGAGUUCGCCAUGAUGUCCAUCUCUGUGUGUGCGUGCGUGCGUGUAUGCGUGCUCCCGAUAGGCCUGUAUCACUGUAUGUAUGUGUAGCGCGCGUGUGUGUGCGUGUAUGUGUGUAUGUCAAGUAUGUAUGUGUGUGUGUGUGUAGUACGGACUACCAAAAAUUAAAGGGCGUAGAAAGUAGAAGAAGGUCACAGCGAAGUGGACAGGCAAAGGUGUAAGGACAGUGACGUUGUGGUCGUGUGAGUAUAACAAUUUGUUUUUAAUUUUAACGAACUGUGAUGUAAAAAACAUAUUUAUUUAUAUAAUUAAACAAUCUAAUGGACACACACACACACACACCAAGGCUAAAGAAAGAGGCUCCUUCGAUGGUGUUCGAUUUUUCGCCCUCUUCGCCUCGGGUUUCGGGGGCAUUGCGCUCAGCAAAGCAUGACUUUCAAGUCUUGUAAAGCAACUAAACUGACGCAAAACGGAUUAAUAUAUAGCCAAUAGUGUGAGCGUAUGUAAUCCUUUGUUUUAGAAGAAUGGGUUUGCGCGGAAGAGAAUGGAAUUGUGUCCCUUUAAAAUGGGGGGAAGAAAAACCCACACACUAGAACAGCAAAAGGCUACCGAAAGCUCCAUGAAAGCUGUAAGCAAUCAAGCGAAAGAAGAAGAGGGGGGGGGGGGGGGAAGGAGUGUGACGGUGGUGUGUCCCUAUGUUACUUGUGUAUAAUGUAAGCUGUAAUAAGAAAAGAAAACGUAAUACUAGCGCAAGAGAAAAGGUGGAGAAAAAGAAAUGUUAAGUAAACGAAAACAACCAACACAGAAGCAAAGAAAGAAGGGAAAACCCAUACCACAAGGGCAGGGGCAGAUGGCGAUAUAUGGAAGUGUCUCUCCCUGAAGUACGAAAAUAAAAUAAUCCAUGUGUAUAGUUGUAACUGUGUAAUAUCCUGACCCAUCACACACAAACGCAUCCCACUCCCCACUGCUGUCCCCAUGGCCUGCCGAUGGGGCCCGCAGAUAUUUGAUGGCAGAAUAAAACGGAAACAAAACACCCGAAUAAAAUCACAUGUACCCACAACGUGUAAUGGAAGUUAAAACGAA